UUGACACAAGACGCCGCUAGUGGGCAGCAACUUCGCGCCACCCGACGGAAGCGCCGUGCAGCACGUACGACCAAUCCCACGAAUCCCACUGUUCAAAAAUGGCGACUCUCUCAUUUGUGUCGACAAUUUUGGCUUUGCUCGUUUUAUCUCCGAUUUCCCACGCAAGCACCCAGGCGCAGCUCGUGGAACUCGACGAGGACUCUUGGCAGCAACUUUUGGAAGGAGAAUGGAUGGUGGAGUUCUUCGCACCUUGGUGCCCUGCCUGUAAAGCACUUGGACCAAUUUGGAAGGACUUUUCGGACUGGAGCAAGGAUCUGGGCGUGAAAGUAGCCCAUAUUGAUGUGACUGCCAACCCAGGGCUGAGUGGAAGGUUUAUGGUGACAGCACUUCCCACCAUAUAUCACGUGAAGGAUGGAGUGUUCAGGCAGUACCGUGGGUCGAGGGACAAGGAGUCGUUCAUCAACUUUGUGGAGGAGAAGAAGUGGCAAACCCUGGAGUCUGUCUCUUCCUGGAAAGCUCCACAGUCGAUCCAGAUGUCACUUGUGGCUCAGUUCUUCAAGCUGUCCAUGGCAGUUCGGGGCCUGCACACCACCCUGGUGGACUACUAUGGCAUUCCCUACUGGGGUUCCUACAUCCUCUUCGCUCUCGGCACGGUCGUGGUCGGCGCACUGCUCGGCCUACUGAUCGUGUUCAUCAUCGAUGCGGUUUUCCCACCGAAGCUUCCAGUUUACCCUCUCUCGAAGAAGGCAAAGGUCGAAGAUGACGGCCACAAGAGUGACGGAGGUCACGACUCGGAGGGCAGCAACAAGUCCGAUGAGGAGGAAGACGACAUCGUGGACGACACGGAAGAGCAGAGCGGAGACAACCAGGAGCUGAGGAAGCGCAAGGCGGAGAAAUGAGGCCGCCGCGGCUCCCUUUCGGGACUCUCUACUUCCACAGUGUGCAUGUGUGUAUGCGUGAGUCCGUGCUCAACCAGCGCUGCUGCCACCGCUACCUUGUCUCAAGACGUUCUCCCGACACACGCGGUAACGGCUGCAAGGACUCUGCGCUCUUUCUUUUUCCUAACGGCAUGUCUCUGCACGAUUGACGCGACGCCGCCGCGCCAGCGUGGCGACAGCUUUGACAAAGAUGUGAUAGUUUGUUGACGCCGUUGCGAAGGUUCCGUGUUUAUAAGGAUGCAUCCAUUGAGGGAGUGGCGAGGUUUCAUUUUCAGAAUUUUUGGCUUAAGGGGAGUGGGCAGGCUUCGAUGCUCUCUGCUGGAUGACUCUGCAGAAAUAGUCCUUUUUUUAAUUGUGUUUGCGCCGUCGCUAUUGUUUGUUAGAUUGUUUAUGUUUGUAUUCUUGUUCUUGUGGCUAACCCCGAGCACAGUUAUGGUGUGAAGAUGACAGCUAGUAAACUUACCUAUCAGUGAGGUACCUUUUUCUGGAGUGAUUGUGGUCGUAGGUAUUUGAGACUGGGGCUUGUCGGGUUAACUAUGGUGGGGACCUUGGGGUCUCUGUGACAGUGCCUUAGCGUCUGAGGUUUUCUUCUUAUCUGCCAUUUAAGGGUUGUCUGGUACUAAGGGCGAUACUUUUUUUUUUAACACUUUGUUUUAUGUCUAGACCUGAGCGGUGAGCCUUGGAGAGUGUGUAGUGUGCAGCUUAUAAAAAAUGUUAUAGGUUUAAGUUAAUCGUUCUGUAGCCUAGGUAAUACCACUUUGUAAAAAAAGCUUAAAACUAUACUUGCAUCUUUCAUUGAUGUGCCCUUGUGCACUGGCAAGGCCGCUUGGCUAUACUAAGACUUUUUUGUCGAUUUUAGUUUCCGGUGUAACCAUUUUGGAUCAUAUAUGUGAAUUCGAGCUAUUGGUACCACUAGCGGUUUUGACCACUAUGCUAUGAAUAUAUAUUUCUAUGUCGGCACUAUCACUGGGCUGAUCACUCCGUUUGCUGUGAAAAGACAAAAAAAGAAUUUACUAUAUGAUGAUUCUCGGAGCUAGCUCAAUGCAAUAGAAUGAGAAAAAAAUAUAUUUUGAAGAAAUUAAGAUGCACAGAUUGGGACGUUUUAUAAUGUCUCAAGUGUAGUCUGAGGCCAGUUUUCAAGAGGAAAUCCUGAGUAUCGAACAGCAAACGUAGUUUGAUUCAAUGAAAAUGAGUGAUAAGAAAUGUUUCUUUUUAAUGUAUUUUCCUACUUACAAGGGCACAGCAACUUGACAUGCUCAACUCUGUUCUAUGCAGAAUUCUGCUCCAUCUCUCAUUGGGUGUGUUGAGAGAUAAGCAUUGGACUUGAAUAGAAAACAGACUAAGAUUGACUGCUGUUGGAGGGGCGUGAUAGGCAUUCGAUCAGUAUAAAUUAUCUUGCAUUCCAUUCUUUUUUUUUUCUUUUCCUUGUGGCUAGUGAUUUCUUUGAAAGGCAUAUGUGAUCUCUGCUGCGGGAAAACAAAAAUGUUGCAAUGCUUCUAUCUUGUGGUGGCUACCGAACUUUGGGAACAAGUUAUUGUGUCUAUAUCUCAAGGCAUGAAAGGAUGUGCAUAGGACACAACCAUGAACAAGUAUUUUUUUUUUAUGGGUUCUUCCUUUUAAUCGUCAUGAUUUGACAAAAAAAAAUAUUAUCUGUAUUUUUAGACUUUUUGUGCAUUCUGACGGGAGCACAUUUCUGUAGCUACAAAAGAGCACUAGUCAGUCAAAAACUCGACAAAAUUAAUAGCCCUGGCAUCGGAAAAAUUCAAUUUGAUGGCACAGCUUUUUUUUCUUCUACUUUUUAGCUGGUGUUUAUUUAUUGCGUGAUGCUGUACAUGAAAUAGUGUGCUGUGUGGCAUGUGCUGAUUUUUUUGGACGCUAUUCUCUAAAUAAAGAUGCGGUUUCUACUUUUUA